GAAAAAAUGAAAAAGAUCUAUUCCCCAAUUGAAGGUAUAAGAGUUCAGUGUUCUAUUACUCCCCAAUUGUAACCCAAAGUUAGGGACUCAUUUAACCUUACCCAAAACUUCAAGUGCCAAUUUAAACUUUUGGCUUUCGAGAAAUACCAGAGGUUGAAAGAAGAGAUUGGAGGAGAGGAGGAGUAAUGAUGAGCACUGAAUGGCAAAAGCUUGCUUCAAGUUAAAAAUAAAUUACAGUACUUAUGGAGAGAGAUUGAAAGAAGAGAGAAACGGAAAAAAGAAACAGAGAGAGAGAGUGGGAGACAGGAGUAUAUACAUAGUACAGAAGGUUCUGUUUAGAGUUUUGACUGUUUAAGAAAGAACACAAAAAGCAGACACAAUGAAACUGGCAAACACCACACACACACAUACACCCAAUAGCACUUUUCAAGCUUUGCUUUACUAGCUAACUAUCCAGCUCAAUCUCUCAAUAAAGCCCCCAAUAUUUUGAUUCGUUCUCUCCCAAUCCAGUCAAAUAAUCUAAACCCUUUUACCACCCCACCUUCUCCCAUGGGAAUCCCUUCUCUUUCUUCUCCAGAUUGAUUCUUCUCUAAAAGAACAAGGUGCCCUUUUAUUCAUUCAGAUUCUUCUUUGAUGGACUGCUCUCAAUAUCGUCAAUUGGGUUCAUGUGUUUCAAUGCAUAAUCACUUGAGUUGAUGUCAGUGAGGAUGGAACAGGUGGUUGGAGCUUUAGUACUUUCUUGCUUGCUUUCGAUUGCGUAUUCUGAUUUGCAAGGAGAUGCAUUGUUUGCAUUGAAGACAUCACUGAAUGCUCCAGCCAAUCAGUUGACAGAUUGGAAUCAAAAUCAAGUUAACCCAUGCACUUGGUCAAAUGUUAUCUGUGACAAUGAUCUUCAUGUCACUUCUGUAACAUUGUCUGGCAUGAAUUGUUCAGGAACCUUGUCUCCUAAAAUAGGAGUUUUGAAGAAUCUUACUACAUUAACACUGAAAGGAAAUGGCAUAACUGGUGUGAUACCCAAAGAGUUUGGUAAUUUAUCGAGUUUAUCCAGCUUGGAUUUGGGAAAUAAUCAUUUAAGUGGUGAAAUACCAUCUUCCCUUGGCAACCUCAAAAAGCUUCAAUUUUUGACAUUGAGUCAAAAUAAUCUCAGUGGAGGUAUCCCUGCAUCACUUUCUGGUCUUCAAACUUUGAUCAAUAUUCUGCUUGAUUCAAAUAAUCUGAGUGGUCAAAUUCCUGAGCAUCUAUUUCGGACUCCAAAAUACAAUUUCACUGGAAAUCACUUAAAUUGUGGUGCAAGUUUUGGCCAUCUCUGUGAAUCUGAUAGUACAGCUUCAGGUUCUUCAAAUAAGCCGAAGAUUGGUAUUAUAGUCGGGAUUAUUGGAGGAGUUAUAAUUCUUCUUCUAUUUGGAGGCCUGCUGUUUUUCAUUUGCAAGGGUAAACACAAAGGUUACAAACGUGAAGUAUUUGUUGACGUUGCAGGUGAAGUUGACCGAAGAAUUGCUUUUGGUCAACUGAAAAGAUUUGCAUAUCGAGAAUUACAGCUGGCCACAGAAAACUUCAAUGAGAGAAAUAUCCUUGGACAGGGAGGUUUCGGAAAAGUUUAUAAAGGAGUGCUUCAAGAUGGCACAAAAGUUGCUGUUAAGCGUUUAACUGAUUUUGAAAGUCCGGGAGGAGAUGCAGCUUUCCAACGUGAAGUUGAGAUGAUAAGUGUAGCUGUUCACAGGAAUCUAUUGCGGCUGAUAGGAUUUUGCACAACACCAUCAGAACGCCUUUUGGUUUAUCCGUUUAUGCCAAAUUUAAGUGUGGCCUAUCGUCUAAGAGAACGAAAACCUGAGGAGCUUGUUUUAGAUUGGGGAACAAGAAAAAAGGUGGCCUUAGGUGCAGCACGUGGGCUGGAGUACCUUCAUGAACAUUGUAAUCCUAAGAUUAUUCAUCGAGAUGUAAAGGCUGCUAAUGUACUGCUGGAUGAAGAUUUUGAAGCAGUUGUUGGUGACUUUGGCCUAGCAAAGUUGGUGGAUGUAAGAAAGACUAAUGUGACAACUCAAGUUCGGGGGACAAUGGGCCACAUUGCACCUGAGUACUUAUCCACUGGGAAGUCAUCUGAAAGGACAGAUGUUUUUGGGUAUGGGAUUAUGCUCCUAGAGCUAGUAACAGGUCAACGAGCAAUUGACUUUUCACGAUUGGAAGAGGAGGACGAUGUCUUAUUGCUUGACCAUGUUAAGAAGCUGGAGAGAGAAAAGAGGCUGGACGCAAUUGUAGAUCGCAACCUUAAUAAAAAUUAUAACAUUCAGGAGGUGGAGAUGAUGAUACAAGUCGCAUUGCUGUGCACCCAACCAUCACCGGAGGAGCGUCCGGCAAUGUCAGAGGUGGUACGGAUGCUUGAAGGAGAGGGUUUGGCUGAGAGAUGGGAAGAAUGGCAGCACGUAGAGGUUACACGCAGGCAAGAGUAUGAAAGACUGCAGAGAAGAUUUGACUGGGGAGAAGAUUCAUUAUAUAACCAGGAUGCUAUCGAGCUAUCUGGUGGAAGAUGAGGUGGCAGAUUUGCUCCCACGCCACCCCAUCCCAUCCCCUUUCUUAGAUUAGCUUCGACAUUUUCCUUUUGUGUACUAUAUUGUGUAUUGAAAAGAAAAAGGAUAAUGCUUCAUAACCCUACUUCUCUUUCAUCCUUUGUUUCAUAUAAAUUUUUUUGCAUAGUCAUAUUUUAUAUGAUGAAGCUUUCUUUUGAUGUUUAAAAA